AUGGGCAGCCAAACAUCGAAGAAAAAUCAGCCAGAAGAGGUUCACAGCAAUGAAGACGACGAUGAAUUAGAUGAGUGGGACAAAAGAAUCUUCAGCACAGGCUGCUCGAGAGAGCAGACAAAGAUGAAUGAUUGCUACUUUGAUAAGAAGGAUUGGAGAGCAUGUAAAGGAGAGUUACACCGUCUUCCCUCGCCACCUUCACAGUCCCAAGCAGCAUUCGCCACAUUACAGCCUGCUACAACGCGACGUGACGUUCCAAGAUCAUACAGACAUUCUGAAGCUCGUCGAAGCCUUGCGACGACACGAGUCAGCCAUCAGCAGCAAGCUGCAGUGAUAAAUUCUAAUAAGAAUCCUCUUCAUCCUCAGCCCCUUCAAAAUCCAGAGCCAAUAAAACCACAGGCAGAGAACUUAAGUGAGGGUCUUAACGAUAGAACGCUAGACUUGAAUGACCAAGGAAGUCAAGUCGAUUGGACGCGAUCUUUUCAGGGGCUUUCAACUGAAGCCUUCUCACCAGAAGCAGCCAAGACACUUCUUGCGCCCAUUAACUCAGACGAUGUUGAAAUCAAAAUGGACGGAAUCAUAUAUCUGCCCGAGAUCAAAUACAGGCGCAUACUGAAUAAGGCUUUUGGGCCGGGUGGAUGGGGUUUAGCUCCAAGAGGCGAGACUAUUGUGACGCAGAAGGCUGUCACAAGGGAGUAUGCACUAGUGGUGCUUGGAAGGCUGGUGUCCAUCGCGCGUGGAGAACAGGACUACUUUUCGCCGGAAGGUAUCCCAAGGGCCGUCGAAGGUUGCAAAUCUACCGCUCUAAGAAGAUGCUGCAAAGAUCUUGGUAUUGCGAGUGAGCUGUGGGACCCGAGAUUUAUUAGAAAAUUUAUGGCAGAACAUGCGAAGGAGGUCUUUGCUGAACAUAUGAUCUCCAAGAAGCGGAGAAAGAUAUACCUGAGGAAAGAUGAAAAAGUGGGAUACCCAUACACGGAAGCCAAAUAG